AUGGGCGAACCGACAAUAACAGAAACGUCGCUGAAAGCGGCCCUGACGGAACGGCUGAAGGCUGUCCAUGUCGAGGUCACGGAUAUGUCCGGCGGCUGCGGCCAAUCCUUCACAACCCUCAUAGUCUCGCCGACAUUCGCAGGACUCAACAGCCUGAAGCGCCACCGCGCCGUGAAUGCGGCGCUGAAAGACGAGAUUGCCGCCAUCCAUGCCUGGAGCGCCAAGUGCCAGACGCCUGAGGAGUGCGAGCGGGACAAGGCGAAGCAUGGCGGGGACGAGGGGCCGCCUAUGGAUGGCACGGUGGGCGGACGGGUGGAGGGGACCGAUGCGUGA